CAUUUCGGAGUGAAUCAGCUAUGAUUUCUUUGGACCGAAAUUCUGUGUCAUUCCAAAGUUUCAAAGAAGAGUUUAUACGGAAGUUCAACAUCAAUAUUGCUGAUGGUUCGAAUUUACGAUUCAAGUUGACUGAUCAUAAAGGCACCCCAAUUCCAAUAUCUGAUUUUGUUGGUAUCGUGAAAACCUUUCACAAAAGUGAUUUCAGCUUGGUCGUGGAAUAUGAAUCAACAACACAAAGUCGAGAUGUCAAAAUCAUCACUCCACUGAUGCUCGAGAGCUACUUUUGGGCAAAAAAUGCCGAAAAAUUGCUUGUAAAAGAUUCAAAAUUGUCUUUCAAUCAAAGAACAAGUAUCGUGAACACAAUAGUGGAUUAUAUGAUUGAAACGUUUGGUGUUGAAGUGUCUUCCGUUCAAAAGAUAUUAGUUGCAGCAGCAACCAUUGUUCUGUUUCCUGGUUUGAAGUUUGCUCUCGGUGAUGGAACUGAGUUGCUACUUGGUGAAUUUGGAUGGUUUACCAAACGCCUAAAUUAUGUGCGAACUUGCCGAAAAAAUAUUCAAGCUCAAUCACGUACCGUGAAUGAUGAUUUGAACGACAUCCAAGAUUCAAUGCAAAAUAUUAUGGUUGACCCACAGCGUGAUUACGAGUCAUUGAGAAUGGAACCAAUUGAUUUGAAUAAUCGGGACAUGUUGAUACGAAAAUUGAAUUCGACAAGAGAAUUGCGCAAAGUGCUGUUGAACGCUAGAGAAACCGACUUGCGUGAACAAUUUCCAUUCUUUCUCGUGAAACCUCAAAUGCUACUAUGGGACUACGAGGAACAUUUCAAGGAAGACGCACACGAUACGUUUUUGAAGGAUUGGCCCAAAUAUGGAUGUGCUCUGCGAUCAUAUUGCAAUUCAGUGUAUGAAACAGAAAAACACACACAAUGGCCCGCACAAAUUGAAAGCAUUUUACUCCUGUUGAAAGUGCUUCCACCGCCUAAACCCAGGGGCAGAGGAAAAGUGAAACCAUAUUUGCAACUACUGGACAAAAUGAUCGUGUUUGAUGUGGCGGGAACAGCACCAGCAGCAAUGCUAAGAAAAGAUAAUGACCAUCCUUAUAUUAUUGCUUACGGCUUGUCAAUGGAAGAAAUUUUGACAUAUUAUGUUGAAAUCGAAAAGCACUUGUUUCCG